GUGCAAGGCUGGGAGGUGUGUGCUGCUCGGUAGAGGGAUUAAAAGAAGCCUUUUCACUGAAUGGGAUGAGAGGACAUCAUUUCCUCAUGGCUAGGGGCUGAGGAAGAGACUGUCUCCCCCACCCUGAGCAAGACAGCAGGGUGGCUGGGUUUUCAUCGUGUGGGCUAUUGGUUGAAGGUACCGGGUAUUUGGUUGCUCUGAAAUUGGUGAGAUGUCAGACGAGCUGCCGUUUUCCAAGAUGGAUCAAGUAGCGAUCCUAAAGUCUUUUAUCCAAAGGGUGCAGACCAUGGAUAUCAAAGAUCAGAAUGGAGAGGAUAACUUUGGCUGCGAUUUUAUGAAACUUAGAAGACUGUCAACUAAGUACAGGACUGACAAGAUUUAUCCUACAAUUACUGGCGAAAAAGAAGAAAAUGUUAAAAAGAACAGAUAUAAAGAUAUUCUACCAUUCGAUCACAGCAGAGUACGACUUGCACUAAAAGUUCCAUCACAUGAAUCCGAUUACAUCAAUGCAAAUUUCAUCAAGGGAGUACAUGGGCCAAAAGCAUAUAUUGCCACCCAGGGACCACUACCAAACACAGUAAUAGAUUACUGGAGGAUGAUUUGGGAAUAUAAUGUUGCUAUAAUUGUAAUGGCUUGUCGUGAAUUUGAAAUGGGACGGAAAAAAUGUGAACGAUAUUAUCCUAAUUAUGGAGAGCAGACCAUAACGUUUGGUCCAUUUCAUAUCUCUUGUGAGAGUGAAGAGUCUAGAAAAGAUUACUUUGUUAGAACACUGUUAUUGGAAUUCCAGAAUGAAACACGUACAAUUCAUCAGUUUCAUUAUGUAAACUGGCCAGACCAUGAUGUUCCAUCAUCAUUUGAUUCUAUUCUGGAUAUGAUUGGCUUAAUGCGACAUUACCAGGCUCAUGAUGAUGUACCUUUAUGUAUACAUUGCAGUGCGGGUUGUGGGCGGACUGGAGCAAUAUGUGCAAUAGACUACACGUGGAACUUGCUGAAAGCUGGUAGGAUACCAGAAGAGUUCAACGUAUACAGCUUGAUUCAAGAAAUGAGGACGCAACGACAUUCAGCAGUUCAGACAAAGGAGCAGUAUGAGUUGGUGCACCGUGCCAUAGCCCAGCUAUUUCAGAAGCAGCUGGAAGUGUAUGAAAAUGAAACAGGAAAAAUUGUUGAUGGCUUGGAGGACAACAACAUCGAUGAUAAUAUACCUUCAGAGAAUGAAAAAACAGACUCACCCCCUCCAAAACCCCCAAGAAUCCGGAGUUGCCUCGUAGAAGGAGAUGUGAAGGAAGAAAUCCUGCAGCCCCCCGAACCCCAUCCUGUACCUCCAAUUUUGACACCAUCGCCACCUUCUGCCUACCCAGCGGUCACUACUGUAUGGCAAGAUUGUGAUCGCUAUCAUCCAAAACCAGUUCUACACGUGCUGUCAUCGAAUAAUCCAACAGAUCUGAAUGAAAAUUAUAGCAAGUCUGGAGAACUGAUUGGGAAGAAUGAACCUACUGUAGAGAAGAAACUUGAGCGCAAACUGAGCUUUGAUAUAAAGAAAGUCCCUCUCCAAGAGAGCCCUAAAAGUUUUGAGGGGAGCACAGGUUUGCAAAGGGGAUUGGGCAUGAAAAUAAAAUCUGCUUCCUCCUAUGCAAUUGAUCAGUCUUCAAAAAUCCCAGCAUCUGGUUCUUUGGAGUCUAUAGUGGGUUUGUCUUCAAAUAGCUGCACUGGCUGUACAAGUUCCAAACCAUCAAAACCCAUACAAGGGCUUUCACAUCAAAGAGACUCUGAUCCGCCCUCAAGACCAGAUCAUUUGCCACUGGAAAAAGGACUUUCAGUGUCUUCUGGAAUGUGUAAAAAUGUGUCUUCCACUGCUGAAAUCCCUUUAGCUUUGUGCCCUUGUUAUUCUGGAAGUACUAGCACUGUCCUGUCCUGUCCAACCCAGAGUCAGAUUGAUGAUCGCAGUACUCUUUCACUUCAGGCCCCACUGUCCUUUACUAACCCUCUGCACUCUGAUGACUCUGACAUAGAAGAGGGGAAUUCUUAUGGAUCGAUGACAAAAAGUUUGUCUAAUAUAUCAACCGCAAGUGCCACUGUAUCUGCUGCUUCUGCAGCUGAAAAUUCAUCAGCUAGGAAAGUAGUACCGAUGUCAAUUGCUAGACAUGACUCUCCGAGCCCUAAACACCCCGAAGCUGAAAAAAAUGCUACACAAGAUCAGCAUGGUGAGGCCAUGUCACAGACCCUGCUUUUUAAUUCCAAUGAUGUGAAAGAUCAACUGGCAUCCCGACCAGGCUCCAAUGUCAGUGAUAACUCUAGAGCAUUUCAAGAUCUCCCUUCACAAAGGACAUGAUGGAAGUGUUGAUUUGUGGCUCCAAGACUUGCUGUUCCUAUAAAUGUCGACGUAGGACACUGACUGGUCCCACCCUUACAGUGGACACUGGAUGAACCUACAUACCACCCUUGUUGCUCGUGGAAAAACUAGUACCAAGACAAGACACUGAAGAGACAUUGCUGUAGCACAGAGAAUAAACGUGCCAUUGACAGCAAAGUAUUCCAUAACUAUCCUAUUCCUUCAAUUGAGAUUAACAUACCUGAUGGUACAUUCUACUGUACAAUUCCAUAUAUAUUGUUAAUAUUAUUUAAAAUGGGGGAAUCUAGUAUCAAAUGCAAACGUUUAUAUGCUGGGACCAGAUACCUGCCUUAUAUAACACUUAGGUUAAACAGAAUAAGUAUUACAUACGAUUUUGUAACGUAAAGUAUUAUUGCCUUAAUGUCUCUUAACCCUGUUACACAAGCUGCUUGUAGAUCUGUUAAUAUAGUCAGACUUUUAUGAUAGUUUGCAGACUACUCUUUUUGCUAAUUUUUGAUUACAAUGUAUGCCUCCUUUUGUAUUUGUACAGGGCAAGCAGGUAUAUAUUUGACAACAUUACAGUCAUAAACUAUUCACAGAAGAUGUAAGAAAUCUCAGCAUGGUCUUAAUCUGUUCUUUAUACAGAAUGUAAAUUAUUGGCCCUGAUAUUUUUAUUUUGUUUUUUUUUUGUUUUUUUUUAAUCGUCCUAGCUGGACAACAGAAUUCAGCAGUGCAGGUUAUAACCGACACGAUUGUAAUACACUUUGUAAAUUGUAAGCUAAAAGUUAUUUUUAUAUUAUACACAGUCUCUGGUUAAGAAUC